CAAGCCGGAUGAUUAUGUGGUGGCCACCGAGGAGUCCCAUACUGUUCAGGAGUUUUUGGAAGUGGCGUUUGGGUCUGUUGGCUUGAAUUGGAGAGACCAUGUUGUCAUUGAUAAGAGGUAUUUUAGGCCCACUGAGGUUGAUAAUUUGAAGGGCGAUGCCAGCAAAGCCAAGGAGGUUCUGGGUUGGAAGCCUAAGGUUGGGUUUCAAAUGCUGGUCAAGAUGAUGGUUGAUGAGGAUAUUGAAUUGGCUAAGAGAGAGAAAGUGCUUGUUGAUGCUGGGUUUAUGGAUGCUCAGCAACAGCCUUGAUUUGAUUCAACCAUUUUGUCUUUGUUUUUGAUUCUCUAAAUUAUGGUUCAAUUCUGUUCUUAGUGUUUUGAGUUUUUAUAACUAUGUUCCGGGGAUAAUAUAGUUUGAUUACAAUGUGGGUACUCUUGUUAAAUUUAAACUUUUGAUGUUAAUGGGUUGCUUGAUUGUCUUCAACCCCCCCUCAUUCAUUUAAUAUGAAGCUGAGAAAUGUUCCAUUGUUUUAUGUUGGAUCUUUCUCUACCAUUUGUUCUGCUUGCAUUUAGAAUAAUGACAAUGAAUUAAAGGUUUCUGCUAGUCGUUAUAUUAUAGAUGGAUGCAGUUAUCAAUCCCUUAAUUGUUAUCUUACAUGAGCAGGUGGAUGGAGAGAUUCAUUUGGGGGUGCUCAUGAAGCAUCUAGUGGAGGCUCUGUUUCAGCAAGACCUAACCUUGAUAGGGUCAGGCAUGAUGCACCUGAUAGAGGCCGUGGGAGGCAUAUUCCACCAAGGAGGCAACCAUUUCCCCCUGAAGAAGGAUUUAACAGACCCUUCAUUGGAAGGCAUUUUGAUGACCCUUACUUUUAUGAUGACAGUGCACAUGGGAUGAAGCGACCAUUCUUUAUGACAGACCAGGAUCGUGAUUACAUGGAGCCUAGCAGACUCCGUCCUAGAUUGGAUUACUCUGAUCCUGCUGUUCCAUUUCGUACGCCUCGCUAUCAAGAUUCGUAUGGUGCUGGAAGCAGUCUCUACUCGCAUGAUUAUUAUGGCUCUGAUUAUGGCGAAGGCCCAUAUUCAUCUUUUUACGGGAGUGGUCGCCCAUAUGGAGGUGGGUAUUACUACUAGAUUUGAGAGGCUUAGGUACCUGAGAAGGUGGGAUGGACGUGGCUUGGUGGAGGAUUGUGGACUUUUGCUUGAAAGGAAAGCUGAAAUUAGCAAUGACCCCCCCAGUAGCACUGAAGGGACAAAUUCGGUUAAACUUGUCAAUGGAGUUGUACAGGGAAGGACGCGCUCUCUGGUUGAGAUGUUUGAAAGGAGAGAGAGAUUAAAUAGUGAUGAGGUUCAGGCACAUGAUACAACCGCUCAUAUAAUAACUGAGACUGCUAAAACAACCCCCAUGCUGAAUAGAGAUCCACAAAUUACUGGAAGGGAGUUGACAUCCUCAAAUGAUGGUGACUUAACUGAAGAUUUGAUGCAGAAUCAUGAUGUAUUCUUGAGUACCCUUUGGUCCCGCUUGACGAAAUUACAGGUGUUGCGGCAUUUUUGGGAUCGGAAUGAUAUUAAUGGUGCUAUUGAUGCUGUGAGGAAGUUGCCUGAUCAUUCUGUACAAGCAGACCUGAUGAGUAUUCUCAUGGAGAAAAUGGAGAUUCUCACCUUAGAUCUGUUUUCUUGCUUGCUGCCCGUGCUUUUGGGUUUACUGGAUAGCAAGAUAGAAAGGCAUGCCAAUAUUUCCCUGGAGAUGCUAUUGAAACUUGUUGCAGUCUUUGGACCAGUAGUCCGCUCAACCAUUUGAGCACCUCCAGUCAUUGGUCCCGUUCUUCAUGCAGAGAAGAGACUCGAAUGCUGCAAUCAGUGUUUUAUCCAUCUGCAGAAGAUCAAAAAAAUUCUUCCGGUGUUUAUAAGGCGAGGUGGUCUACUGGCGAAAUGUGCUCAAGAACUAAAUCUAGUUCUUCAAAACUCAUGACCCCCAUAAUCCACCACUGCCAUUGAAGGGGGUCAUGCACUAGCUCAGCUGUUAGCCUUUUAUUAGGAUUCACAUGAGAGAUAACCGCGUUGAUAUUGAGGCACCCACAAUUUUGUCUAUAUUAUGCCGAUACCUGUUUCAGCUGCUAGUAAGAGAUAGUCUCUCAAUACAUAGGUCUGUCGGCAGCGCGUUCUUCUAAUGAUUAUUUUUAUAUGGAUACUAUUGUAUGUAAUAUUUGACAAUCAUAUGUAUAUUAUACUUGUAAUAGUCCAACUAGAUGUGCACAUUGUGCUUCUUUAAUGCAAAUGAAAUUUAUGUUC